UUACACCUCUCUAACACUACUGGGAUAUUCCAUCAGCUGAAACUCAAGCAAACUAGACAACAGAAGAUGGCUUGGGAAGGAGGAAUUGAGCCCAAUGGCACUGAAGGCAAGAACUUCUACAUUCCCAUGUCCAACAGGACUGGGAUUGUUAGAAAUCCUUUUGAGUACUCCCAGUAUUACCUGGCAGACCCGAUCUUCUUCAAGCUCCUGGCUUUCUACAUGUUCUUCCUGAUCUGCACUGGGACUCCCAUCAAUGGCCUGACAUUGUUCGUAACUGCUCAGAACAAGAAGCUCCGGCAACCUCUCAACUAUAUCCUGGUCAACCUGGCUGUGGCUGGACUCAUCAUGUGCUGCUUCGGAUUCACCAUCACCAUCACAUCAGCUGUUAAUGGCUACUUCAUUCUUGGACCCACCUUCUGUGCUAUUGAGGGAUUCAUGGCCACACUUGGAGGUGAAGUUGCUCUCUGGUCACUUGUUGUCCUGGCUGUUGAGAGGUACAUUGUGGUCUGCAAACCCAUGGGAAGCUUCAAGUUCACUGGAGCUCAUGCUGGUGCUGGAGUACUCUUCACAUGGAUCAUGGCAAUGGCUUGUGCUGCACCACCACUCUUUGGCUGGUCCAGGUACAUUCCUGAGGGAAUGCAGUGUUCCUGCGGUCCUGACUACUACACACUGGCUCCAGGUUUCAACAAUGAGUCAUAUGUCAUCUACAUGUUUGUUGUUCACUUCUUCGUUCCUGUCUUCAUCAUUUUCUUCACUUAUGGAAGUCUUGUGAUGACAGUCAGAGCUGCAGCAGCACAGCAGCAGGACUCAGCUUCUACCCAGAAAGCUGAGAAGGAAGUGACCCGUAUGUGUGUCUUGAUGGUCAUGGGCUUCCUGAUAGCUUGGACACCAUACGCUAGCUUCGCCGGUUGGAUUUUCCUGAACAAGGGAGCUGCUUUCAGUGCUCUCACUGCAGCCAUCCCUGCUUUCUUUGCAAAGAGCUCAGCCUUGUACAACCCUAUUAUCUACGUGCUAAUGAACAAACAGUUCCGUAACUGCAUGUUAUCCACCAUUGGAAUGGGCGGCAUGGUGGAGGAUGAGACCUCAGUUUCAACAAGCAAGACAGAGGUGUCCUCUGUGUCUUAAUCAUGAUGGCAUCUUCAGAUCUAUGGACAUUGAUGAUCACUCGCAAAUUUUCAAAAUUCCCAUUAGAGAAAUCUUUUGCCAAAUGGAUUUAAGAAGCGGACUCUGGACCAAAAACACGAAGGAAUUCUAUGUUAUCUGUGAACUAACAAGAAAUGCAUUUUCUGCUGAGGUGAUCUUGUACAGCAAUUGUGCGUAUGUGUGCAUGUGAGCGCAUUUGAGUGAGUGAGUCAAUGUGUAGAAACUCAGAUCCUCAAAAUGUCAAAAGAAAAACUGUAAAACUGCUGAAAUGUGACACUUUUACCUGAUGAAUGUGCAAUCACAUGCUGAUUGUUUUCAUGUAAUUUUAUGGUUGGGGAUGUGUGUGGGGGGGAGGGGGGCAUACUGUAUACUUAACUGGUCUACCAGUGGUGUUAUUUUUAUGUAUAAAAAAAGAAAAUAUAGGUUUGAGUAGAAAAUAAACGCAUGCAUGAAAAAGAAA